GGAGCCGUUCCGCCCCGCCUCGGCCAUGGCCGGCUCCGGCGCGUGGAAGCGCCUCAAAUCUCUGCUGCGGAAGGAUGAUGCGCCGCUGUUUUUAAAUGACACCAGCGCCUUUGACUUCUCGGAUGAGGUGGGGGAUGCGGGACUUUCUCGGUUUAACAAACUUCGAGUUAUGGUGGCCGAUGAUGGGUCCGAAACCCCGGAAAGGCCUAUUAAUGGGGCGCCCCCAGCCCUCCUGGCCGACGACGAUUCCUUAUUGGACCAGGACUUACCCUUGACCAACAGUCAGUUGAGUUUGAAGGUGGACCCCUGUGACAACUGCAGCAAACAGAGGGAGUUCCUGAAGCAGAGAAAGGUGAAAACCAGGUUGACCAUUGCCGCCCUUCUGUACUUGCUUUUCAUGAUUGGAGAACUUGUAGGUGGAUACAUUGCAAAUAGCCUAGCAAUCAUGACAGACGCACUUCAUAUGUUAACUGACCUCAGUGCCAUCAUACUCACCCUACUUGCUUUGUGGCUGUCUUCAAAAUCGCCAACCAAAAGGUUCACCUUUGGAUUUCAUCGCUUAGAGGUUUUAUCGGCUAUGGUUAGUGUGCUAUUGGUGUAUAUACUCAUGGGAUUCCUCUUGUAUGAAGCCGUACAGAGAACUAUCCAUAUGAACUAUGAAAUAAAUGGAGACAUAAUGCUCAUCACCGCAGCCGUUGGAGUUGCAGUUAAUGUAAUAAUGGGGUUUCUAUUGAACCAGUCUGGUCAUCAUCACUCCCAUUCCCACUCCCUGCCUUCAAAUUCUCCUACCACAGGUCCUGGGAGUGGACACAGCCGUGGGCAGGAUAGCCUGGCAGUGAGAGCCGCGUUUGUGCACGCCCUGGGGGAUCUGGUGCAAAGUGUUGGUGUGUUAAUAGCUGCCUACAUCAUACGAUUCAAGCCAGAAUACAAGAUCGCUGAUCCCAUCUGUACAUACGUAUUUUCAUUACUUGUGGCUUUUACAACAUUUCGCAUCAUAUGGGACACAGUAGUUAUAAUCCUGGAAGGUGUACCAAGCCAUUUGAAUGUAGACUAUAUCAAAGAAGCCUUGAUGAAAAUAGAAGAUGUAUAUUCAGUGGAAGAUUUAAAUAUCUGGUCUCUCACUUCAGGAAAAUCUACUGCUAUCGUUCACAUACAGCUAAUUCCUGGAAGUUCAUCUAAAUGGGAGGAAGUACAGUCCAGAGCAAAGCAUUUAUUAUUGAACACAUUUGGCAUGUAUAAAUGUACUAUUCAGCUUCAGAGUUACAGGCAAGAAGUGGACAGAACUUGUGCAAAUUGUCAGAGUUCCAGUCCCUAAUUUUAUCUGUGUUGGGGACUCCUGCCUUAUUUAUUCUGCAGUCACAGACUCGAGAGCAAUAAAUGCAAACCUAAAUGCGAAAGUGGGAUUCCUGACACCUGUGUUCACACCAAGCACCAGUUUCUCAAAACAGUCCAGCCGGACAGUGCUAGUCUGUUUAAUGAUAAAAUGAGACUUCACCGUGCUCUUCAGAUGAAAAUGUUUCCAAAACACUGUUUACAGAAUGAGAUGUGACUCUACAGAUACCUCACAGAAGACAAUCCAAGACCAUACUUCUUUAAUUUGACAGAGUCCAUGUCUUAAAGGAAGCAUCAAGAAUUCAGUAUUUGCAUUUACAAAUACUUUUAAAGGGACAUUUUCUAUUAAGCCAGUGCUGGAAAACUGUAUUUUUUAAAAUUACGUAAUCUUGACACCCAGCUUCUGGAAUUGCUGCUCUCUUUUUACCGAUAUUCCUUCUCAACAGAUUUCACAGAAUCCUAGUAAUUACCCAGAGAGUGGAAUAAGCAUGUAUUCCCCAGUGUUUCAGAAAUGUUUUUUUUUCUUUUCACAAAUAAGUCUUAAUGUUAUUGUGAUAGUUAUACUUUAUAAACAGCUUUUUCCAGAUGUUACAGGGUUUUAAAACUCAAAAAUUAAUGUUUUUGAUUAUUUGUAAUCAUAUCAGAACCAAAUCUUUACAUAUUGUGGUCUCUCUUGUUAAAUUACCAAAAUUAUUCUGAAUGGCAAAAGUUAGUCUUAAACUCAAAUUACUAUAUGAUAAUUUCAAACAAAAUAAAUGAGCAAGGAUGGGGUUGGGAGUUGGA